GCAAUGUCUGUCAACUCCCUCCUGAGAUGCACCAUCAGGCUGGAGAGGAAACAUGUGGCCAAACAUUUACUCCAGCUGAGAGCUCUGUCAGGGGCUGAUGCUGUCAACGCUCUCAGACCCUUUUAUUUUGCAGUCCAUCCUGACUUCUUUGGUCAACAUCCCAGGGAACGGGAAGUGAAUGAGAAUUCAUUAAAGAGGCUUAAUGGCUAUCUGGACCACCUGCAGAAGCCCGGGUCACUCUCUGUUCAGCCAAUGAAGCUCAUCUUUUAUGUCAGAGAUCCAAAGGACAGCAGUGAUGUGCAGCCAGACCUCCUCGCCUCAGGGUUCCGCUCAGUGAAUUUCACCCUGCACACAAACGAUGUCCUGAGCACAGUGAUGAACGUGUUGAAGUCCUGCAGCCUGCCCAUGGAGCACAUGAAGGGACUCCAAACAAGUGUAGAGACAUCUAAGACUCCACCUGGGGGGGUACUGCCUUUCUACAGACCUAUCAGAUGGGAUAAGAGCUACUACACUUUCACUAGAUUCAGAGACCCUGAGCAGGAGCUGCAGCAGGCCAGGCGGGUGGAGCCGACACUCAUCUUGUGGCUGAGAAACAACAAGUCCGAGGCGAAAAAGAAGCACAGUGCUAGUCUUCCUCGGAGAGAAGAGCUGAACAGACUGAAGGAGGAACUUUGUCUCAAAUUUGAUCUGGCUGAUAUCAGGUGGCAGCGCAGCUGGGGAGUGGACCACAGGUGCUGUCAGCUUCAGAGUCUGAGCCGGCUAUCUCAGCAGAACCCCGAGGCCCUGAUCAACCUGCAAGGACACACUGUUGUAUUUGCUGACCAGUCGGGGAUGAACGCCUCUGGACACAUAAUGCUGGGAACCAUGGAUGUUCAUCAUCAGUGGACCAAAUUGUUUGAGCAGCUGCCCAGCUAUCGCAGCCUGCUGCAGCAGACAGAGUGGCUAAAGGAGAGGAUCAGCUUCCUCCUGGGGGGGACUCAGGUGGUCCACAUGGAGAGGCUGGGUCCCGUCCAGCCAAUCGCCGAGCACUACAACACCCUGAGCACCUUCCACAAGAGCCUGAUUUCCCGGCGCCUCUGGCUGCACCCCCGGAGCCUGCAGGGCCUCAGCAUGUUGUUGAGAAGUAUGCUUGAUCGCUCUAAACCCAGUCUUCAUGAGAUGGGGCACUUCAUUAUCCCCACCACCUGUGACCCCCCGAAGCUGCAGGUGUUCCUGCAGAGCCACGCCCCCGAGGCCAGGCAGCGCACCCAACGCAAAAAACAGCUUCAGGCAGAGGAGGAGGCUGUGAUGAAGCUGUGUCUCCACAAUCUGUCUCUGAGGACUCUUUCCAAGGAGCCCAGUGUGACCUCCAGCCAGAUGAUCAUAUGCUGCAAAAGGCUGGUGGAGCAGCGCUCCCCCCUCUUGCAAGGCCUCCACAUCUGUGUCUCUCACUUCUACUCCGUCAUGCAGGACGGGGACCUGUGUGUCCCCUGGGACUGGAAGAGCUGAGCUGGAGGGACACUGUUGUGUUGGACACAAGUAUUCUAGCAGUUAUAGACGAGUUUAACAGGAUCCUUUGUUAGAUGUUUAUUCUCAAGGGAAACCUCUGUGUUCAAUCAGAAGCACUUUAUCCUCCUGCUGGGAAAGCCAAAUAGAAGAAUUUGAUUGACAGCGGAUGUCAGUGGUUCCCAACCGGAGUAUGAAAACCUCCCCAUGAUAGGAAGAAGAAGAAAAACAUUUUCAAAUAUUUGCUUUUCUUCUUUCUACUGGAGGAUUGAACCUCUUCAGGAAACAAAGCUGAAAAGUCUGAGAACCACAAAGUGUUGUCUGAUCUGUGAUCAAGGAUGUGGGAGCAUUGAUGACCACUGGCAGAGGAGCAAUAUGACGGAAGUUCUUUUCAGACAAAGGUUGAGGCCUUGACUUAUGCAGUUUGACAAAGUAUUUUGUAUUGUUGUGUGGAGUGCACUGAGACAGAAUGAUGGUCCUGUUAAAGGUGCAAUCUGUGCACUAAACGUAAAGUGAAAUAGUCCCCUAUCAAUAGAGAGGUUAGAGCUGACAGACUGACACGAGACAGGCCAGAGGGUUCAGAAAGCUUCCAAUGAAGGUUUGUUCAAGUGGAGUUGUGUUCUGAAGGAGGGGGAGAGGCCUGCUGUCACACAGAGGGCCUCGAUGUGAUGAAGUGUAACUAUGAGAGGAGCAACACACCUCCACACAGUCUGCAGUAGUAGCUGUGAGAAGAAUGAAACGGAGAGUCGUCGUCAGACUUGCUACUGUUGUAGUAUCAAAUGCUGAUUUUCAUCUAGAAGUCAAACUGUAAUGAUGUGAAUAUAACUAAUUUAUGAUGAUAAAAUAGAACUGUGGGAAGACCAUGAGAUGAACAUGUUCUGCAGUGUUGUGUUACAGUGUUGUAUGUACACUGUGUGAUCCCCCCAGUCUCCCCUACAGAUCCACUCUCAUGUUAACCUCUGCAGUGGCUCAACCUCCACCUGAAGCCUUUAUUUACACUUCAAGUCUAUUUUUUUCAACAAUACGCACAUUAAUGCCAGGUUCAUGGUCAAUAAAACACUACUACACUUUACAAAUAUUGGUUGUAUCAGUAUUUUAUCACCUUAAUUAUUUAAACUCGUAUCAUAUUUAUCUGACCUUGUUCUUUGAUUUUUAUUAUUUUUGAUGGUAUGUUUUUUCCUUCAUAUCAACAUAUGCAUCAGUGUUGAUAGAAAAACAGAUAUAAUAUCAAAGGAAUGUCGCUUAAAUGUCACGUGACGUGUGCGCUUCAGACGGAGUAAGAUGUGGUGGAGUGUGGCUUCACUGGGUGGAGCUGGUGUCCAGUCUGAGUCCUUUGAAGCCCUGUUGUCACAUCAGGUUGUUCUGUGAGCUAUAUGUGAACUAUGUAAAGGUACCAUAAUGUGAAACAUAGUUCUUCUCAAAUACAAAUGUGCUUUUUGGACUGGACUGUUUAUUAUGACAUGUAUUAAUGUGGGCAGACUGGUUGAUGGUUAAUUAAAUACGCUCUCUGACGGCUCCCUCCUGUCUGCAGCCACCCAAAGUGUUGAAACCCUCUCCUGCUCCACUGCCAGCACUCUGUCUUUAUUAAUAUUAGUAUUGUUAAUAUUAGUGGUAGUAUUAACAUUAGUGUAUUUUUAUUUACUUUUGCUGGUUUUCUGAUUAUUUUGCUUUGUUCAGGUUUUUGUCCAUAACUGAAGAAUUUCACAUAUGUUGUGGUGAUGACAUUUUGGACAGACUAAUGUAGGAUGUAAAGUGCAAUUUAAGCGUAAUUCCAAGUCCCUGAGCUCACCACCUCCCUCUCUAUCUCUCCACCACCUUACUCCACCUAUGUAUGUACAUGUUCCCGUACUUGUUCUAUUACAAUACUACACACCUCAAGUCCCAGUGUUCCUCCAGCUAACUGAAGUUUGCUUUGUGCAAAGCUGAAGGGUCCGUGCACUGAGGUCACCCAAAAUAUUCCUGAAUUCAACUACAGACUCGCCUCUGAGUUCUGUUCUGAAUGUGCACAUAUCUGAGUUUGUUGAUAAAUCCAUCUCAGUAUACAUAAAGAAACCAUCAGACCAAUGGAACCAAAGAGGUGAAUUAUGACAUUUUUACUAAUCUGAUUUAGGCAGGCUUCAUCACAUAUUUAGAUAGGUUAAUAAAAAUGUGCUGCUUAUACACAAUGUUGUGCCCUCCUGUCACUUUGU